CCCGCCUUCGUCCCUCACCACAAUCUAGCAACGAACUGCAAAAGCAGAACCAGCGACAGAGAUCCAUCCUUCUCUUCUUCUAGCGACAAGGAUGGCGACCGCCGGGAAGGUGAUCAAGUGCAAAGCGGCGGUGGCAUGGGAGGCCGGGAAGCCGCUGUCGAUCGAGGAGGUGGAGGUGGCGCCGCCGCAGGCCAUGGAGGUGCGCGUCAAGAUCCUCUACACCGCCCUCUGCCACACCGACGUCUACUUCUGGGAAGCCAAGGUAUCCACUCAAAUAAUUGUAUAUGUAUCUCAAAAGCGUUUGUGUUUUCCUAUUGGGGUCAAAACUGCUUGGAUUUGUAAUGAUGAAGCUGGAGGCAUCGUCGAGAGCGUCGGAGAAGGUGUGACUGAGCUUGUGCCGGGUGACCAUGUCCUCCCGGUGUUCACCGGCGAGUGCAAGGACUGUGCCCACUGCAAGUCAGAGGAGAGCAACCUUUGUGAUCUCCUCAGGAUCAACGUCGAUCGUGGCGUGAUGAUCGGCGAUGGGCAGUCUCGCUUCACCAUCAAUGGGAAGCCGAUUUUCCACUUCGUCGGGACCUCCACCUUCAGCGAGUACACCGUCAUCCAUGUCGGUUGCCUCGCAAAGAUCAACCCCGAGGCGCCCCUUGACAAAGUUUGUGUUCUCAGCUGUGGCAUCUCAACUGGACUUGGUGCUACGCUCAAUGUCGCAAAACCAAAAAAGGGUUCCACGGUGGCAAUUUUCGGUCUUGGAGCUGUAGGACUUGCUGCCAUGGAAGGGGCCAGGAUGGCUGGGGCAUCAAGGAUCAUUGGUGUGGAUUUGAACCCUGCAAAAUACGAACAAGCUAAGAAAUUUGGAUGCACAGACUUUGUGAACCCAAAGGACCACACUAAGCCCGUGCAAGAGGUGCUUGUCGAGAUGACCAAUGGCGGAGUCGACCGUGCGGUUGAGUGCACUGGCCACAUCGAUGCAAUGAUCGCCGCCUUCGAAUGUGUCCACGAUGGGUGGGGCGUGGCCGUGCUGGUUGGCGUGCCGCACAAGGAGGCGGUGUUCAAGACCUACCCAAUGAACUUCCUCAACGAGAGGACCCUGAAAGGCACCUUCUUCGGCAACUACAAGCCACGCACCGACCUCCCGGAAGUCGUCGAGAUGUACAUGAGGAAGGAGCUGGAGCUGGAGAAGUUCAUCACGCAUAGCGUGCCCUUCUCGCAGAUCAACACGGCGUUCGACCUCAUGCUCAAGGGGGAGGGCCUGCGCUGCAUCAUGAGGAUGGACCAGUAGAUCACCGCCUCCCAUCAUUCAUCAAUGUGUCUCGCUGUUUUCAGAUUUGGCGCUUGAGAAGCAAAAGGCAAAAAAACAAAAAGUUAGAAAUCUCCCCUUGGAUAAUAAUGUACUAGUCGCGAGAUGUGUUCAUCUCUAUGGUCUCAGAUAGAACGAAUGGGUCUUUGUUUUGAGUG